AUGGCCAGGGAACGGGCCGCUGCGAUCGAGAAGGUCCUUCAGGCCGUCACGACCAUCUAUUCCGAUGCCGAGCCCGACAAGGUCAAGGCCCUCGUGGCACAAGUCGCACCGCUCCCAACUUUCGCACUCCUUUUCGUUUUCACCGUAGCCGUCGCUGCCUUGGCUCAAGACCAAAUUGUCCCAGCCAAAAUCGCUUGGGGUGAUGAGGCCCCUGACGACGGUUUCGAAAUCCUCGGGGGCCAGGAAGCCCAAUUCGGCCAGCACCGUUAUGUGGUUGGGCUCAAGGCGUCGCGCGAUGGUGAGACCGUGUGCGGCGGUAGUCUGAUCGCCCCCAAUGUCGUUUUGACAGCGGCGCAUUGUUUUAGAGAUUUUCUACGUUAUGUGGUCGUGGGCACGCACUAUUUAACUGGUUUUGCCGACGGGGAAAAUGCUACUGUCAUCCAGGAAAUCACACACCCCGAUGGCACCGACGUGGGCAUCGUAAUCUUGGACCGCAACAUCACGACCAUCCAACCUGUGGCGGUGUCGUUUGAAUUCGUUCCGGCGGACGUGCUCACUUGGGUACGCGGCUGGGGAGCUGCCGAGAUUGUUGGCCCCAAAUCGCAAGUGCUCAAGGAGCUGAACGUCACGACCUGGAACAACACCAGGGCCUCGGCUGCGUUGUUCCCUGCCCAAGUGACCGAUACGAUGUUGGGUGCAGGGGUGGAAGGACAAAACUCCUGUCACGGCGACUCGGGGGGGCCGUUGACCAUCGAAGAAAACGGUGCCGUGCGAUUGGUGGGGGUGGUCAGCUGGGGCUUUGAAUGUGGUGAACGCGGCACGCCAGGUAUCUAUGAACGCGUCAGCGCUGCUCGUGCCUUCAUUGAACCGUACUUGCCGAAUUAA